GUGUACACCUCUUGCUCGAAGACGAACGACUCCCCCCAGGGAUGGUACUUGCCUGAAGCCGCACACCCCUACUAUGGUGGGUUCCCUUCUGUGGAUGGCAAGGGGCAAUUUCUGAUGCCCCAACGCGUGAAGUCCUCGAGAAACAUCACACAGUCGACUUCGCGGCGCCGGAUGGCCCGAACCCACCCGUUGACGAAGGUAGUGUGCAGAUGUUCAAAGACGACGAGAGCCAAGAGUUCCUGAAGGAUGAGACCGUGGCGAAGAAGUUCGCUGCGUGCAAGAAGCUCUCCGAAGUCGAUGCGUCGCAAUAUGAUGCGGUCUUCUACGUUGGCGGGCACGGCCCUGUGAUCGAUCUUGCUUCUGACCCCGUGAACAUCAAGCUAGCGACCGAUUUCUGGAGGUCUGGCAAGAUCACGUCUGCUGUUUGCCACGGGCCUGCUGCGCUUGUAGGGGUGACGGAUGAGGCCGGCAAUUCGAUCUUCAAGGGACGAUCUGCGACAUGCUUCACCAACGAGGAGGAGGUUCAGGUGAACGGUGUGCAGAGCAUUCCCUUCCUCGUCGAAGACAAGAUUGCGUCCCUAGGCGGAAAAUUUGCAAAGACUGAGCCGUGGGGAGUCAAGGUUUGCGUUGACGGCAAGCUGAUCACUGGUCAAAACCCUGCAUCUGCGAAGGGUGUCGGAGAGGCUAUUCACGCGGCGUUGUGAGAACAAGGGGUAGCGGCAAUGAACUCUGUACGAAUAGCAUGAAUAAAACCUGAUAGAACGUUAUCAGCGACAACUUCAACU